AUGCAAGCACUCAAAUGUGUCGUAGUCGGCGAUGGUGCCGUAGGGAAAACAUGUUUAUUAAUAUCUUAUACAACGAAUACAUUUCCUGGUGAAUAUAUUCCGACUGUAUUUGAUAAUUAUUCAGCUAAUGUUAUGGUUGAUGGAAAACCAAUUAAUCUUGGCUUGUGGGAUACAGCUGGUCAAGAAGAUUAUGAUCGUCUUCGUCCAUUAUCUUAUCCGCAAACGGAUGUUUUUAUUAUUUGUUUUUCACUUGUUAGUCCAGCUUCAUUUGAAAAUGUUCGAGCUAAAUGGUAUCCUGAAGUAAGUCAUCAUUGCCCUGAAACACCAAUUAUUCUUGUCGGUACAAAACUUGAUUUACGAGAUGAUAAAAACAUUAUUGACAAACUUCGAGAGAAAAAAUUAUCACCAAUUUCUACACUCCAAGGUGAAUCAAUGCGCAAAGAAAUAGGUGCUCUCAAAUAUCUUGAAUGUUCUGCAUUGACACAAAAAGGUUUAAAAACAGUGUUUGAUGAAGCUAUACGUGCACAUUUAUGUCCAAGACCUAAGACGAAAAAAAAAGGAUGUAUACUUAUUUAA